AUGUCGGGCAUGAACGCUACGGCGGAAUAUGAAUUCAAGCAGCAACUGACACAGGGCUGCCAUGCUAAGAUUGCAGGAUAUGGCACGUCGUAUGGCUACGUCCCCUCGCUGGCCGCUGGCAUCGUCUUCUGCACCCUCUUCGGACUGUCCAUGAUCCUCCACACCGUGCAGCUGGUGUGGAAGCGGUCCUGGUGGUGCGCCGUCUUCGUCCUCGGCUGUAUGGUUGAAGUUCUGGGCUGGGCAGGACGGACCUGGUCUGCUGAGUGCCCCUACAACGGGACGGCCUUCCUCAUGCAGAUUUCCACCCUGAUCAUCGCACCCACUUUCUUCACUGCAGGCAUCUACGUUCUCUUAGGCCGUUUCAUCCACCUUUUGGGCCCCGAGACCUCAAUUUUGAGUCCGAAACUCUAUCUCUGGAUCUUCGUCACUUGCGACAUCGUCUCCUUGGUUGUCCAAGCCGUCGGCGGUGGCAUGGCCUCGAUGGAAGUCAACAAGGUCAACGGCAAUACUGCCCCCGGCACACACACCAUGGUCGCCGGUAUCGUCUUCCAGUUGGCAUCCAUCACCGUGUUUGUGUUCCUAGCCGCCGAUUUCAUCCGUCGCACUCUCCGCCUGCAGCUGUUACAAACCAUGACCGGUACGAUCGUUCCCCUUCUCGGCGCGAUGAUCUUCUCUGUCAUCUGCAUCUACAUCCGGAGUAUCUAUCGAACCAUCGAGCUGUCGCAGGGCUGGACGGGAUUUCUGAUCACCCAUGAGCGGUACUUUAUUGUCCUGGACGGCGUGAUGAUGGUCCUAGCCGUGGGGGUCUUCAACAUCUUCCAUCCGGGGUGGUUAUUGCCCAAGCACGGGCCCAAGGCCUUCCACCGCGAGAUCUACUCUCCAGACGGGGUGGCCAGUGGGAUGGAGAUGCGGUGA